UUAAAGGGCGCGCGGCCGUGCGUGAGUGGGGAGGGCCGGGGUCUGCGCUGAGCGGUGGCCACGCCCCCUGUUCGGCCACGCCCCCUCUCGGCUGGACACGCCCCCGGGCCGUGUCGCCGGCCUCUGGGCUCCAUCCUUCCCUCGGGCCAGGCCUUGACCUCAUCCCCGUCUCCCCGGGCUCCUUCCCUGGGUCCUGUCUCCCUCCGUUGCGGCCCAUCCUGGGCCCUGACCUUGUCCCCGUUCCCCAGGGUCCAUCCCUGUAGCUCAGCUGGGCCCUGCUCCUGUCCCCUGGGUUCCAUCCUUCUGCUGAGGUCAGGCCUUGUCCCCAUCCCCAUCCUCGGGGCUCUGCAUCCCUGUGUCCAGGCCGGGUCUUGUCCCCAUCCCCAGACUCUACGUGUUGGUCCUCGUGGCUGUGCUCUGUCUCCAUUUCCAUUACCUUGGGGUCCUGUCCCCAGUCCCUUAACCAUGACCUUGUUCCCAUAGCCCGGAGGCAGCCCCUGUAGUGCAGACAGACCCUGUCCCCAUCUUCUGGGCUCCGUUCUUCUAUCAGGACUGGCCUUGACCCCAACCCCGUUGCCUUGGGGUCCUUUCCUGCAUCCUGUUCCCAUUCCCUCAGUCAUGUCCCCCUCUGGGCUUCAUCCCCUGUCUCCUUCUACCAGCCUCAUGGUCAUGCCCACCCCACACUGUCCCCUAGGGUCCUCCCUGUGUCCAGUUGUGCCUCCUGUCCCCAUCCCCUGGGUCCUGUCCCCAUCCCCUUGCCUCCAUCUUUCUGUUUAGGCCAGGCCUUGAUCCCAUUCCUGUCCUGACCCUGGGGGGUCUUUCCCUGAGUCCUGUCACCAGCCCCAUUACUUCGGGGUCCUCCCCUGGGUUCUUUCCCCCACCCCCUGGAUCUCCAUCUCUUGGGGUCAGUCCCCAUCCCCUGGGUUUUGUGCACAUUCUACUGGGUCCUUCCCCGUGUCCUGUCCCCAUCUGCUGGGCUCUUUCCUUCUAUUGGACCGGCCCUUGUCCCCAUCCGCAUUACCCUGGGGUCCUCUCCUGGGUCCUGUCCCUGGGGUCAGCCCUUGUCUCAUGUAUGCGCAUGUCCCCAUCACACCCUGUGUCCCCGCAGGGCAGCGGCUAUGGUGGGUGCUCAGCAGCUGGAGCUGGCUGCGGGCCGAGCAGCGCCAAGCACUGGGGAACACCCCUACGAGUGCUUGGAGUGUGGCAAAGCCUUCAGAUGGUCCUCGCGCCUUGUCCACCACCAGCGCACCCACACGGGUGAACGGCCCUACAAGUGCUCCGAGUGCCCCAAAGCCUUCAAGGGCUCCUCGGCGCUGCUCUACCACCAGCGCAGCCACACGGGUGAGCGGCCCUACAAAUGCUCCGAGUGUCCCAAAGCCUUCAAGCGCUCCUCGCUGCUGCAGAUCCACCAGAGCCGCACCCACACGGGCGAGCGGCCCUACGCCUGUUCCCACUGCGGCAAAACCUUCACCCAUUCCUCUAACCUCCAGCUCCACCAACGCACCCACUCCAGCGCCAGGCCCCACCAGUGUCCCCUCUGCCCCAAAGCCUUUGUCAUGGCCUCCUACCUCCAGCGGCACCUCCGCACCCACGCAGCCGGCCCCAAAGGGUCCCCUCGCCCUGUCCCAACGCCGCAGCGCGAUGGCCCCAUCCUGCAGGCUGCCCUCAGCCUGGAGGUGACGGCUCCUGAUGCCCACACCUUCCUGCUGCUGCAGACGCCGCAGGGCCUCCAGCUCAUCCCCAGCCCUCCACCGGCCCCACAGAAGCUCAUCCUGCUCCCUGCGGCCCCCCGGCCACCCCUCAAGCACCAAGGGGAGUCCCCGACCCCUGGGCAGAGCCUUCUGCUUGUGCCCAGCACGGGGACCACGCUGCCCACCUUGCGGCUGCAGGCAGUCACGGCCGUCCCGCAGGGGACGGGGACUGGUUUCCUUGUUCUGCAAGGACUCCCCGAGCAGCCCCUGCACCCAGCAGGCAUCGCACAGGGACAGGCAGCGGUGGAGGGGGCGGCUGUCAGGCUGCAGGCCAAUGAGGUGACAAAUGUCCAGUUGCAGGCGCUGCCACAACCCACAGAUGUCACCAGCAUUCCGCUCCAAGCUACUGAUGUGACAAAUGUCCAGCUGCAAGCGCUGCCACAACCCACAGAUGUCACCAACAUCCAGCUUCAAGCCACUGAGGUGACAAACGUCCAGCUGCAAGCCCUGCCACAACCCACAGAUGUCACCAACAUCCAGAUGCAAGCCACUGAGGUAGCAAAUGUCCAGCUGCAAGCUCUUCCAGAACCCUCAGAUGUCACCAACAUUGAGCUGCAGGCCACCGAGGUGACAAACGUCCAUCUCCAAGCUCUGCCACAACCCUCUGAGAUCACCAACAUCCAGCUGCAAGCUGGUGAGGUGACAAAUGUCCAGCUCCAAGCCUUGCCGCGGCCCUUGGAGGUCACCAACAUCCAGCUGCAAGCCCUGCCACAGUCCACAGAUGUCACCAAUGUUGAGCUGCAAGCCGCUGAAGUGACAAAUGUUCAGCUUCAAACCUUGCCACAGCCAUCAGAGGUGACCAGCAUCCAGCUCCAGGCCACUGAGGUGCCCAGCGUGCAGCUCCAGACCACGGAGGUGACCAGUGUUCAGCUGCAGGCCACUGAGGCGCCCAGCAUCCAGCUCCAAAACACAGACAUAACAAAUGUCCAUCUUGAGACCGCAGAGGUACCCGAUGUCCAUCUUGAAACCAUGGAGGUGCCCAGUGUCCAUCUUGAGACCACAGAGGUGCCCAGUGUCCAUCUCCAAGCCACUGAGAUGGCCAGUAUCCAGCUCCAAGCCACUGAGAUGGCCAGUGUUCAUCUCCCAGCCAACGAUGUGGCCAACACUCAUCUCCAAGGCACAGAGGUGACCAAUCUCCAUGUUGAGUCCACUGAGGUGCCCAACAUCAAUCUCCAAGCCACCGAUGUGGCCAGUGUCCAUCUGGAGACCUCAGAGGUGCCCAGCAUCCGCCUCCAAGCCACUGAUAUGGCCAACGUCCAUCUCCAGGCCACUGAGGUGCCCAGCGUCCAUCUUGAGACCAUGGAGGUACCUGACGUUCAUCUUGAGACCGUGGAGGUGCCCGAUGUCCAUCUCCAGACCACUGAGGUGACCAGUGUCCAACUUCAAGCUGUGGAGAUGCCCAACAUCCAUCUCCAGACCACCGAGGUGCCCAACAUCCAGCUCCAGACCCUGGAGGUGCCCCCAGUCCACUUACAGCCCCCAUCGGGAGCCCAGCCAGCCCCUCCACCUUCCGGGGUGCCACUGCCAGCGGGCCCAGAGGUGCUGCUGGUGCAGGGGGGCCCGGAACCGGCCAUAGGGCUGGGUGUGCUGCAGACGUCUGAGGGGCUUCGCAGUGUCCUAGUGCUGCGGGGUUCCGGUGACCAGUCCCCGGUGCCCACCCCGGCACCCCCAAAAGUCCUGGUCCUACGUGGGGAGCCUCGGCAGGGGGGAGCUAGUGAGGGUCCUGCUGUGGUGCAGCUGCUCCCUGGAUCCCCGACCCCCCAGCUGCCCGCUGUGCAGGGGGUGCAGGUGCUGCCAGGGGCACAGCUUGUGCACACCUUCUGAGGGGGAACACAGACCCCACAGCCAUGCCACGGGCCCCCAUGACCACCUGUGGCCCCCACAGUGACCACAUGGCCUCUACAGUGACGUAGUGGCUGCCCUAGGGCCACCUGGAGUCCUCCACAUGCCCACCCACAGCUGCUACAACCACUAUAGCCACCCCAUGCCCUCCCCUAAGGACUUUACGGACACCUUACGGCCACUGCAGCCACCCCACAACAUCCCAUGGUCCCCUUUUGGCCAUCUUAUGGCCACUGUAGCCAUCCCACAGCACCUCAUGGCCCUCUGUUGGCCACCUUAUGGCCACCGCAGCCAUCCUGCAACACCCCAUGGCCAUCUCUUGGACACCGUAUGGUACCGCAGCACCUGCUGGCCAACUUAUGGCCACCGCAGCCAUCCUACGGGACUCCAUGGCCAAUCGUAGGCCACUUUAUAACACAACAUCCACAAACAUCCCCCAGCACCUCAUUACCAUCCCACGGCCACCACAACCACCCCGUAGCCACCUAUUGGCCACCCUACAGGACCCCAUAGCCACCUCUUGGACAUUUUAUCGCUACCACUGCCACCCUACAGCCCCCAGAGACCAUCUCUUAGCCAUCUCAUGGCCACCACACCCACCACAUAGCCACCUUAUGGCUACCACGGCAUCCCAUGGCCACCCGAUGGCUGUCACACCCACCCUGUAGCACCUCAUGGCCACACCAUAUCCACCUCUUGGCCACCACAGCACCUCAUGGCCACUACGCCCACCCCAUAACCACCUUAUGGCCACCAGAGCACCCUACAGGACUCCACCGCCACCUCUGGGCCACCUCUUAGCCGCUACAUCGCCACAACAGCGUGGGGGGGCGAGGAGCACGGCGGGCCGAUGAGCGAUGGGGUGCGGGAGCCGGGGGGGCCGGAACCGAGAACGCACGGUUUUCGCCCGGACCGGAUUAAUAAACGGAGCUUCCCGGCG